UUUUUUCCCCACACACCGCAUUACCACGGUGAGAACUUCUCUCCAUGCAGAAGAACCGGGACAUAAAAGCUUGCCAGGAGCUCCUGCCUUGACCGACUUCCAUGUUCAGUUUGCCCUUUCCAGUUCACGCUUGAGUCAGAUCUUUAACUACCAACCACCAACAUCCACCAGCCGAUUCCCGAUAGUCAACCUCGAUCGUCAAGAAUCAUGCCCAGCCAAAGAGUCAUCCGCAUCAACGGCCCUCGCAACUCGGUCGAGAACCUGAAGGAGUUCCAGGAGUCCGUGCCCGAGCCGACCAAGUACGAGGUUCUGGUCAAGGUGCACGGCGUAUCCCUAAACUACCGAGACAUCGGCGUUGCCACCUCGCUCUACCCCUUCCCCGUCAAGGACAAUGUGGUUCCUUGCUCGGACACCGCUGGCGUCGUGGUGAAGGUCGGUGAAGGCGUGAAGAACGUUACCGUUGGUGACCACGUGAUUGGUACUUUCGAUAUCACCAACCUCUUCGGCCCCCAGUUGAACUGGGAGAACGGUCAGGGUGGUCCGAUUGACGGUGUGCUUCGCGAAUACGUCUGCAUCCCGGCUGCCUCGGCGGUGCAGGUCCCCAAGGAAUCCGCCUUGUCCUUCUGCGAAUGGUCGACUCUGGUCUGCACGGGUGUGACUGCGUGGAAUGCGCUGUACGGGAAUAUUCCCCUUCGUCCCGGCCAGACUGUUCUGUUCCAGGGAACCGGCGGCGUCUCCAUCACCGGCCUGAUCCUGGCCAAGGCGGCCGGCGCCCGCACCAUCAUCACCUCCUCCAGCGACGAGAAGCUGAAGCGCGUUCAGGCCGACUACGGCGUGGACGAUGUGGUCAACUACAAGACCCACCCCGAGUGGUCCAAGGAGGUUCUCCGCCUGACCCAGGGCCAGGGGGUCGACUACAUCUUCGAGAACGGCGGAUCGGGUACGAUCGGCGAGUCCCUCAAUGCCGUCAAGAUGGGCGGCAACAUCUCGGUGAUCGGCUUCCUGUCGCAAGCCGACCAGGCCAAGAUGCCGGACGUCGCGGCUCUUGCCCUGUCCAAGGGCGCCGUCGUCCGCGGUAUCACCGUCGGCUCCACGCAGCUGCUCCAGGAAGUGACGCGCUUCGUGGCGACGCGGGGUCUCCGGCUACCCGUGGAUAAGGUCUUUGAUUUCAAUGAGAAGGCCGUUGUGGAGGCCUACAAGUAUGCUGCCUCUGGUGCGCAGAUCGGGAAGGUGUGCAUUAAGGUUGCCUGAAUAGAAGGGAGUGCAUUAUUAGGAGGAAUACUGGCUUAGAGCUGUUUCCUCCUUUCUCUUGGCUUAGAAUGUGCAUUUGGAGUACUUGUAGCAUUGGGGCUUAGAUUGAGACUUUAUGGCCGCAUCUGUCUGCUGUGUGUAUGAUGGAGAUAUAUUUCGUGG